AUGGAGGCCUUCAUUUCUGCAGUCCUUGGCGACCUCGUCAGCAGAUCAGUAUCCUUCGUCGUCGAAAGAUACUACCGGCGGCACAAGGGCGCAGCGGAGAACCUGCAGCGGCUGCGCCGUUUGCUGCUGCGCAUCCAGCUCAUCGUCGAGGAGGCUGAGGGGCGGCGCAUCACAAACCAAGCCAUGCUCCGGCAGCUCCAGAUGUUGAGAGAAGCGAUGUACGAAGGCUCCUACCUGCUUGAUACUGUCAUGUACCGCAUGCUGCAGCAAGAGAGUACCAAUUACAAAUCUCGUGGUCAGUCAUCAUCUGCCCUGCCCAAAUUAGGUCCAGCAAAGCAUGUGUGCUUCUGUUCCAGGAGGGUGAACACACCAUGUCAAGGUGAUGGGGUGAAGGAGGUGCAGGAGAUGCUUGGAAGCCUGCGUGGCGUCAUCGACGACAUGGCGGAGUUCAUCGUCUUCCUGAAAUCAUAUCCUCCCAUCAGCCGUGAGCCAUACAGCAAGUACAUGUUUCUCGAGAAGUGCAUGUUUGGGCGCCAGGUGGAGAUGGAGAAAAUUACCAACUUCUUGCUACAACAAGAUCCACCCGGCACGGAAAGUCUACAGGUGCUUCCCAUAGCUGGUCCAGCAAGAGUUGGCAAAAGCACUCUUGUGGAGCAUGUCUGUUACGACGAGAGGGUGCGCAACCACUUCUCUUCCAUAAUCCUAUGCAAUGGAUAUCCUGCUGCUCCGGAAGGCGGCAGAGUCAUGAAGGAACAAACCCAUGAUUCACAUGGAAGGUCACUUGUUAUCGUGGAGCUUGCUGAUGAUUUUGUUCUAGACGAGCAGUGCAAGAAGUUGUGCUCUGCAGGAAGGCACAUGCCACCAGAAAGUAAAGUUAUCAUCACAAGCCGAUCGGAGAAUAUCGCGAAACUUGGAACAGCAGGAGCUAUCAGACUGACUUUUUUACCCCAAGAAGCUUACUGGUACUUCUUCAAGGUGUUGGCCUUUGGGAGCACAGAUCCAGAGGAGCAUCCAGAGCUAGCAUCCAUAGCUAUGGAAGUCGCAGAAAUGCUUGGUGGAUCUUUCUUGGGCGCUAACACUGUCAGUGGGAUGCUGAGAGCUAAUCUUGAUGCCCGGUUUUGGCGCAAGAUCCUCGCGUUGCAGAGGAACCAUGUAGAGAGGAAUACCCUCCGUUUUGGGGAACAUCCGCAUAGUCUUCUUCAGAAAAACCGGACUGUUUAUCUUUGGACUAUGUCCAACAGAGCCAUGUGGUUCAAAGUUCACUAUCGUGAAAAGCGUUAUCAUGAUCAUGAGGUUCCGAAGAUAACGCUGCUUGAUGUUCAGACUGGAAGUGCUGAAACUCAUGGCAAGUUUGAAGUCGUAGUGUGGAAAUCACGCAUACCCCCGUACCACAGCUACCUGAUGAGCUGUGAGAUGGAGGCGCCAAAUCUGAUGGUCAAGAAGAAGCGGCCUCACUCCAUGAUGUGA